CUGAAUUGGUUGACAACUAUGAUUUAUUGUGAGUGUCCUAAUACUCGAGUUAAAAUAAUUAUUGUCAUUUUUUAUGGGUUUUGAUCGUACCUUAUUUGUUAAUUCAUAUCACCUCAACUUAAUCGAUAGGAUUCUUCAUCGCAUUAGGCAUAUAUGACAUUGAUCAUUACUAACAGGUUAGUCAAUGUAAAUAUCUCAAUCUUACAAGUGGUCAUUUGCGAUCCUAACAUCAUAAGGGCAACGUCUUCGAAUCUGAAGUUGGUUGAUUAAGGUCUGAUUCAGAUAGAGAGCACCAGUCCCCUCAAGAUUGCAGAAACGCCUUACGAGUACCAGGGCUUCUUGCCGAUAACUUUCAAUUCUACUUAACAACUUGCAUCGAUCUGUUAUUAGUUAGCAUCAUAAAGUCAAUCGAAAUGUUUGUCUCUGUGAAGUUAAAAUCAGAAAAUUAAGGAAAUGCUAGUCAGCUAUGUAAAUCUCAUGAUUGUGCCAGUAAACAGAACCAUUUAAUCGUAGUUCAAAAAUUAUUUGGAUAUGAUAUUUUGAGCAGAACUGAAGACGUACUAAUAACUUGUAUCGAACUCAAUUCUGUUGGCUUUGAGGAAUACUAUUUUUGUCGACAUAGUAACUGAAAUUUCAUUCUUUAUUGCUAAGUCUGUUUUUUGGACAUUUCAAAUAACGUACUGAUUUUAGUUAGCCAUUAAAACCGAAGGAAUACUGGUCAUCUACUUCGUCUUAGUAUAGAACUCCUGCGAAAUGUGCAUCCACAACCCUUUCAGGUUUUAUAACCGAACACCCUAACCUAUAAACCACUGAGAGCGGGUACAAUUAUUUGCAUUUCCAACUCCAGUUAAUUCUUAAUGUGUUAUUUAUUAGAAGCUAAGCAACCGAAGAUUAUAUGUUUUUGUGUAAGGCAUCACAUCGCUGUUUUUAUUUUGACCAGUUCAACUUUCUAUGAUCCCAGAUCAUAAUUAUCUUUAAUGUAUAUACAAAGUUUUCAUGGAAUCAAGUUGCUUCAUUAUUAUCGCGUACCUAUUGUUAGCGAGAUUCAAGAUGAAUUUCACGAAAUUGCAAUAAAUAGCCCUUUUUACCCGGCACAAUCAAAAUAUUCGCGAAAAUUAGAUGGUAUUAACGCAAUGACUAUAAUGGAUAGUGAUCGUUGAUGAAGUUGAACAUCUGGGCCAUUGAAUUCAAACUCAGUUGCUUAAUUGUAUCUUUAUUAACAUGAGAAUUUCAUGUUCGAUUUUAUACAAGGCCUUCGGUUGAUAUUUUAUAUUUCUCUGCGUGCCAUCAUUCAUGUUGUUUAUCCCUUCAGAUUGAUCGAAUUCUAUCAUUUAAGUUUCAACGUCACCACUCAGAAUAACUUGAUAUCACAUUGUCGUAUGCUUGAUCUUAAAUAGUUACUGGGGGGGGAUGGGAGUAACAUUAAGUAACAGGUUAUCUGAUAGAGGUCGGUACUCAAUGAUUUGUUUUUAAAAUAUAAUUGUAUUUACUUGAUCAUAAAUUAAUCCACUAUUAUCAGAUGUGGUAGCUUUUAAAGCAUCUUAAGUGUAAGUCUUUUAUUAUAAGUUUUUUUUCUCCUAAUAUUUCCUCUUGAAUCUUUCUCUGAUACUUACUUUAAAGACUUAUUCAUACCUGUCUUUUAUUAAUAUUAUUCUCUUAAGAUAAAUCAGCUAAAUGGAGGUAUUUCUAGGUCGUUCGAAAGUGAAAAAGCCCAUGCAAUUACCAAAGUCAUCAUUAUCGACAACAUCGUCAUGUUUUCUGUCGGGUAGUAAUAGUAAUAGCAGUAGUACUUUACCAUUUCCAAUAUUGUUUAAAGAAGAUUUCACGGAAUUCAAUUCUGAUCAUGAUGAUAACAAUAAUGAUGGUAUAAACAGUUGUGAACAGUUUACAUUUCAAGCGGUUUUAUUAAAUGGUGCUAAGACAUUAAUCACUGAUUUGGAACAAAUCAAGAUACUUCGAAAAAGAGGUUGUUACGGUUUUAGUCAGAAUAAUGAUUUUAAUCUUCCCAAUAAAACCAACAGUAUACCCAAAGAAUACAGUACAGAUGAUGACGACAAUGAUGAUAAUGACGAUGACGGCGGGGAUACGUCAGAUGCAGAGAAUUCAAUUUAUGAUUUUUGUAUUUCAGAAGGUAUUGAAAAAACAGAUGAAAAUAGUUCCAACGAAACGGACGUUACACAUUUAAUAUUGAAUGAUGUAGAAACGUUGUUUUUACUCCAUGGACUUGGUUGUUUAGACGUUUACUUGCCACCUAAUGGAAAUUCACAGUUUCAUUCAACCAUUGAAUGUCAACAGCUGGAUCCAUUGUCUUUGACUGAGGUCUGGUUUUGUCUGUGUACAGGAUCUGUUGAUUCACGUUGUUUACAAAUUCCAUCAGCACGAGAACAGAUUGAAAAGUAUUCAGAAAAAGAGCUCCAUCUAUUACGCCGUUAUGCUGUAUAUAUAUAUUAUAGAUCUAGGGGUUGGAUUGUACGCCCCGGAUUAUGUGUAGGUGGUGCUGAUUACCUACUUUAUGCUGAGGAUCCUAAUUGGAGACAUGCUUCAUUUUGUGUUCUAGUUGAUAGGGAUUCUACAACUAAGGAUGGAGAACAAAUGAAUUGCAGUUCAAUAGCUGCACAUGUUCGUGUUGCACAUUCGGUUGGUAAACGUGUGAUACUUUGUCGCGUAAGUCUCCCAUCAAUCGAGGAGUUUUCUAACAAUCCAUGGGAAGCUGUUCGGAAAACAACAAUUAAGGAAACUCUCAUUGAUUAUUGGAAACCGAAAGCCAAUUAAUAAAGAAGUUUGAGAACCAGUUUAAGUUUUAAGGUACAAUGUGCCUUAAAUAUAUUUUCAGCGAAAUCGUAUUUCCCAAUAGCGGUGAUGUACUUAUAUUUCAAAUUUACUGGUUUUCUAUGCAAUAAGAUACUGUAUUUUACUCCCUUCGAAUACGUCUUUUACUUAUUGUUGCUUUACCGUCAGGUUUCCAAAUGUUCACUCAUUAAGGUGCCUAGAUCAUCCAGUACUUUCGUAUAUGUGUUAUGAUGUUGUUUAGAUACAUACGUUGUAGAGAUUAUUGAUUUUUACCGAGAUUACCAGCCGACCUAUGAAAACCAUUAGAAACCUGAAAGCACUGGAUGAACAUUUCGCUCUAAUAUGGGAUUGCUUAGCAGUAGGGAUGUAUGACUUGUAAUCUGGAGUUGAAUCAAAACCUUCGGUCUCGCACGCGAACGCUUAACCUUUAGACUACUGAGCUUCGAUGUAAAUGAUAUGCAAGUCAUUACGUAUGAAGUAUAUCAAAUCAUACUUGAAUUUAGACAAUAAUGUAUAGUCGUCGCACCCAUCUGAAAAGAUUGAGGCCACUACUAAGAGUAUUAGUCAUUUCGAAGGAUACUGGAGCCUUUGUGAACUAAUUAAUGCAAAUUGCUGGAGUAUUUCAUUGAAAUCAUGAACCAAUCUGAGUUAUACAACCAUCGAAAACCUGGAAGCACUUGAUGGCCGUUUCGUCCCAGUAUGGGACUCGUCAACAGUGUGUUGAAUCGUUAAUCAAAUUACUGUGAUUAAUCAGUUCUAGGAUAAUGCUAAACCUAUUUAAUAUCAGCGGUAAUGUAAAGAAUCCCAAAACAAAUAAAAAAUAGCACGGGAAGAGGUAAUCAAAAAUA